AUGGCAAUUAAGGGAGUAGGUGCACCAGAUCAGGUCUAUGAUGGCAAUGGAUUACGAGUUGCUAUAGUUCAUGCCCGUUGGAAUGCAAAGAUUAUAGACGCGCUUGUUACCGGCGCAGUAGGAAGACUGAAAGAAUUAGGCGUUCUUGAUGAAUCUAUAGAGAUUAUAUCAGUACCAGGAUCCUAUGAAAUACCUCUUGCAGUUCAGAAAACUCUAGCUUCUCAGCGUUUUGAUGUUGUUAUUGCUAUUGGUGUUUUAAUUAAGGGUAGUACUGUGCACUUUGAAUAUAUCGCAGAAUCCGUAACCCGUUCAUUGAUGCAAAUACAACUCAAAGAGAAUAAACCAGUAAUAUAUGGGAUAUUAACAUGUUUGACUGAACUACAGGCUUUGGAAAGAGCUGGUUUGGACGAAGCUAAAGCAAUGCACAAUCACGGAAUUGAUUGGGCUUCAGCUGCAGUAGAAAUGGGCUGUAAGUUUGGUGACAAAGCUACGACCUCUAGCUAA